AUGAAUUUGUUUUCACUCUUCAGAAUUGGAAGCAGAAUCAACAUCAUGAGCCUAAAUGGCAUGUACAACAAUAAAGAUAUUUUCCAAUUUACACAACUCAGAAGCUUAAUGCUAAAAGAUUCUGAUAGUGAUGAAGAAGGAAGAAAAGAAAGUGUUACAUUAGAAAAGAAAAAGAAAAACACAAGACUCUUUAGCAGUAAUGGCAGCCUUCAAAAGUUAAAGGAACAGGAUGAUAGUAUAAGCAAAUCCACUGAUUGUUUGGCUGCUCCAAAGAAGGAAAAAAAGAAAAAAAAGAGAAAAAAUGCCAAAAAGACCACAAUGGAAGAUGCAAACAUUGCCAGAGAUUUAGUUAAUAUACACUUUCCAUUAAAGGAUACUCAUACAUUUUCUUUGGCAUGUGAAACUUGUUUUAGAAAGAUUUCUGAAGGCCCAGAAAGAUGCCAGUUAAAACAACCAUGUAUAGAUUGUAACAAAAGUAAGCUUGUUGUAAAGAAAAUUGGAGGCCAGUUUUGGACAGAAAUAAGAAGACGACCUACUCGUAUUAAAAACAGCUUUCUAAAUUAUAACAUAUGUUAUGAUUUUAAGAAGAAUAAAGCAUGUUUAAAUACACCAUGUACUUUUCCACAUGGGGACGCUGAACUUCAUAUUUGGACUAUGGAACAGAAUGGUGAAUUUAAUACAGAUGAAUUUGUCACAGUUUUGAGAAGACACAAUAUUGGCAAGUACUGGAUUUGUUCUGUUAUAAAAGUAAAAAAUAAUUUUAUGUAAGUGGAUUAAUAUACCAGUUUGAUCUCUUCCUAAGUGCAGCUUCACUAAGAAAGUUAUAGUUGCUAAAUCAGAUUAGGUCACCAAGUGGAUAUAUUUUCUUGCUUAAGGCAGAUUCCUUGGUGAAAAUGAUUUGCUUCAUUGUAGCUAGAUCGUUAAAUCUCUAUUAGAAGAUAUGAUCAUAAUCUUUAUUGAUAGAUGUUGUAGGUGUUAGGCAAGAGCUACUGAUAAUAAUAGUGGGCUAAAAAUGCCAGUAAAUAACAUACUAGAAAUUUUUGUCUAUAAUUUUAUUCAACUUGUUUGGUAUUUUGAUAAAUCAAGGUUUUGUUGUUUUGGUGAGCCUUUACGCAAGAACUGGAUGUUUUCUUAUUAACAGUCAGAGCAUUUCUAGUUACCAGUUCAGUUAAUUUUCUCUUUGCUAUUUGCCAGCUGAUUACAAGCUCUCACUCAAGAGUAAACCUUAAGUUAAUACAUUUGCCAUCAUUUAAUCAGUUAUCCCCUUUAUAAUACAAUAGAAUUUCAACUACAUUACUUAAUCUAAACCAUUCAAAUUGAUUCAGAAUGUAUUGACAUUAGUGUCUUUCAAACAGCUUAGAUACAAUAUCUUGCAUUUUGAUUUACUCAAAAAUAGAAGUAUCUGUUGUGAAAUAUAAGCUUUUUGUUUAGCACAACCUUCUUUAGAUGGUAUUGAACGUUUUACACAAUAUUGCUCAGAUGUUUUGAUAACCCAUAUUCAUUAUAGAGCAAACCAUAUCUUCACAUGUAUUUGGCUCUCUUCUCUCAUUUGUAUGGCAUAAUGUAUCAUAUGAGUGUGUGUAUGUAUGUAUAUAUAUAUAUAUCAAGAGUUUAUAUAUGGUGAUCCCACACAAUGAAGGACUUCUUGUGCUGAAACACUUUCUGGACCUUUGACCUGACACCUCCACACUUCUUCAUCUGGCUGAACUUGUUCUUUCCCUCAAUUGUGUCUCGUUUGUGGGUGAUUUUUACCAGCACUCUUGGAAGUGGCCAUGGGAAUGAGAAUGGGCCCUAACUAUGUGAACCUGUUCAUUGGCUACGUUGAGGCCCAAAUAUUCUCACAAUUCACUGGUCCCACUCCCGAAUUAUACAGUUGUUAUAUCACUGACUGUAUCAUUGCUUUCUCACUCUCUCAUGCACAACUAGACUCCUUCCUCUUUUUGUCCAAUCCUUCCAUCCUCUCCUUGAAUUCUCCUGCACUAUCUCUAACUUUUCCAUCGAAUUUCUCGACAUUUCCGUCAGAAUACACCACUCU